UGGAUAAUUUAUUACAAUAACCCUACUUCAAAUUUCAUAACAUAAUUCGUUAGUGGCAUUUCAGAAAUUAGUGUUUUCCUGUAUCAAGUGUAUCUAUUAAAGUUGAAGUUUGUUCCCUAAACCAGAUUCACCAUGUCAGUUUGGAAAAAAGCCCAAAAAGCGCACCAGAGAAUUCAUGCCGAACGGCAUCAACCAGAAGAGAGGAAGCAUUUGGGAAUAUUAGAGAAGAAAAAAGAUUAUAUUCUGAGAGCGAAAGAUAAAAAUGAAAAGAAAGAAACUCUCAAAGUACUCAAGAAAAGAGCCUUAAACAAAAAUCCGGAUGAAUUCUAUCAUCAUAUGAUUAAUUCAAAGACGAAAAAUGGAAUGCAUUUUGAUAAGCAAAAAGACAAUGAAGAUGAAGACAGCAUAGAACAAACAAAAUUGUUUUCUCAAGAUUUAAAAUACAUCGAUACCAAAAGGAAUCAAGAGCGCAAGAAAAUUGAGAAGAUGCAGGCACAAUUACAUUUAAUUGGUGUGGAUAUGGAGCCAGUCAAUAAACAUACUUUUUUCAAUAAAGAAGAUGAAAAGGCAUUUAGAAACAGACAAAAUAGCAAUUUAUGGGAGAAGGAAUUACCCGACCUUGACGUAGAUGCUCUAGUCAAAAGCACUAAUAAGAGAAAGCAGUUGUAUGAUGAAUUAGCGAAAAGGAUUAACAGAGAAAAGGAGUUGGCCAUUAUUUCAGAAAAGCUAGCGAUUAAAAAAAAAUUAGCAUCUAAAAGUAAUGUGCUACCUCCGAAAAAGGUGAAAAAAGGCAAUAAAUUUAGAGCUCCAGUUUAUGUUUGGAGGUAUGAAAGAAAAAAAUGAUUUUACUUAUAUAAUGUGAAAAUAAAAAUAAUAAGUUCUGAAA